CGGAGGAGAGUCACAUGAGAAAGAGUUUGUGACAAGCGGAGGACCCAAUGCACAGUAAAGAUGGGCACCCUGGUAAAUCCAGCACUGUUGAUGCUUUUAUGGCAAAGUGUUUGGCCUUUGGACGUCCCUCUGGAAAUCCGACAACCCCCAGCCAUCAUAAAGCAGUCAAUGAAGGAGCAUAUUGUUGACCCCAAAGACACCAUGGUCAUUGAGUGUGAGGCCAAAGGAAACCCUCAUCCUAUUUUCUCAUGGAGGCGCAACGGGAAGUAUUUGAACGUGGCACGUGACCCGCAGGCAACUAUGCGCAGGCGCUCGGGGACGCUGGACAUCUAUGCCCGGAACAAUCCAGAACAGUAUGAGGCAGAAUAUCAGUGCAUUGCCUCCAAUGAGUAUGGCUCCGCAUACUCUCAUAAGAUCAGACUGCAACUGUACAGGGCUCCUGUGUGGCCGAGAGAGAUUGUGGAACCAGUGGUGAUUAGCGCUGGCUCACCUCUGGUCCUGUCCUGUGACCCGCCAGCAGGGCCACCUAAACCUGAAACCUACUGGAUGUCCAGCUGCUCCUAUGCCAGACCCUUUAACUGGCCGAUUCAAACAGCGUUCCCCACCAUGCACGCCGUGCGGCAGGACCGUCGGGUAUCCUUGGGGGUUAAUGGGGACCUGUAUUUCUCCAACGUCCUAUUCAACGACUCUGCCUCAGACUUCUGCUGUAGCGCCCGCUUCCCCUACAAGAAUGCUAUCCAGCAAAAGAUGCCGGUAGUCGUCAAGGUUCUCACAACUCAGGCCGUGGUGGAGGCUGCCCCCACCUGGUUGUCUCCCACAGGCUCGUCCAGUUCUGUUCUGGUCCUGCUGGGGGAGGAACUACUGCUGGAGUGUAUUGCUGCAGGAGUGCCAACUCCUCAUAUUACCUGGACAAAGGAUGGUGAAGACUUGGCAGUGACCCCACGCAUGAAAAUUAAACGCUUCAACAAGAUGAUUCAAAUACCAAAGGCAACAUUUGAGGAUGCAGGCGAUUAUGUCUGCACCGCGACCAACAAGAUCAGCUACAUCCAGCACAGGUUAACCGUCACAGUCAAAGCGGCUCCGUUCUGGUUAGAAAAGCCUGAAAAUUUAGUUUUGGCUCCUGAGGAAAGCGGACGCUUGGUGUGUAGCUCAGAUGGCGCUCCUCGUCCCACAAUCAGCUGGUUCAUCAACGGAGAACCCAUUGAGACUUCCACACCACAACCCAACAGACAGGUGUCAGGAGAUACGCUGACCCUCAGCAGUGUGACAGCCAUCAACACGGCUGUCUACCAGUGCAAUGCCUCAAACCCGUACGGCUACUUGUUGGCCAAUGCUUUUGUCAACGUAUUGCAUGCAACACCUCGCAUUCUUGGGGUGAGGAAUGAACUCAUCAAGGUGGUGGAGGGACGUCGUACCUUCUUAGACUGCCGCUACUUUGGCUCUCCGGUGCCUGACCUGCGAUGGUCCAAAUACGGACAGGGGAAUCUGGAGGGAAAUCGUUUUAAGACGCACAGCAACGGCACCCUGGAGAUUAUGCGCACACAGAUUGAGGACCAGGGAAUUUAUGUGUGUGUGGUCAGCAACAUCGCAGGUCGAGAUGAGAGUCAAGUUCGUAUUGAGGUCAAAGAACCUACCUUGAUUAUGAAAAGACCACAGGAUAUGAAAGUAAUCCGGGGAAGUGAUGUGCGUUUGGAAUGUGGCGUGAAAGCAGACGCCACUACUCCCGUCACAACCACCUGGAUGAAAGACAAAAAAACUGUCACGUUUGGAUGGAGAAUAUCCCUGGAUGAAUCAAAUUUGGUCAUCACCAACGUAAACGGACGUGAUGCUGGCGUCUACAUGUGUGUCAUAAACAGUGAACUGGACCAAAAGACAGCAUCGGCGCGCCUAAUGGUGAUGGACUAUCCUGAUCCUCCAACUAAACUUGAGCUGUCAGAUCCGUAUGAACGUACCGUAAGACUCAGUUGGGUCCCUGGUGACAGCAACUUCAGCCCCAUUACAGAAUACUUAGUGCAAUACGAUGAUGAUGACUGGUUACCUGGAAAGUGGAAGAACUUGUCAACAUACCCUGGAAGCCUAAAUUCUGUCAUUCUGCACCUUUCACCUUUCACAUACUAUGAGUUCCGCGUCAUUGCCAUGAAUGAAAUUGGUUCAAGUCGCCCAAGUCGUCCAUCGAUGCGCUUCCAGACCAGCGGUGCACCUCCAGAUGUCAUCCCAAAGAAUGUAAAAGGAGUUGGAACGUGGAGAAACAACAUGGAGAUCAGCUGGGAGCCUCUGACUUACAGAGAGUGGAACGGGCCACACCUCAAGUAUCUGGUCUGGUGGCGAAGGAGAGAAUCCAGAGAGGAGUGGAAGAAUGCCACCACCAAAUGGCUGAAAUAUUAUAUUUACGAUGCAGAUACAUUUACUCCUUAUGAGCUCAAGGUCCAGGCUGUGAAUGACUUUGGUCUUGGUCCAGAGUCUCCCGUUGUCAUUGGUUACUCCGGAGAAGACCGUCCCGUUAGUGCACCCCAAAACCUGCGACUGUCAGACAUUCAGAGCACACAGGUGACAGUGCACUGGGACCCAGUGGUGCAAAGCUCCAUCAUGGGACAACUGAAAGAAUACAAGGUCUACUACUGGAGGGACAGCAGCCAGCUGAGGUGGCUGAGAGUCAACAGAGCGAUGAGGUCCCAAGUGUUUGCAGACACUGGUCCCGAGCCAUCGGGGGUUCUCACAGAGCUCAUCCCUUACAGCAACUAUAAGAUGUACAUUGUGGUGGCCAACAGUCGAUAUGAAGGGCCGCCCAGCAACAAUGUACACUUUUCUACACCCGAGGGAGUCCCAUCUGCUCCCACAUCCUUCAGGAUCCAGCAGCGACACCUUGACAGUAUUUAUGUGGACUGGGACCUGCCAGCCGAACCCAACGGAAUUAUCAUCGGAUAUUCCCUCAAGUACCAGACAGUGAAUGCCACCAAGGGAGAGGAGCAGAGAGUGGAGGAGUUCCUUGCGAAUGUCACAAGUUUCUCACUGCGCCGAUACGACCGCUACACUCGAUACCGAUUCUCUGUGGCCGCUCGAACUCGAUUAGAUUUGGGGGAAUGGCAUACGGAGGAGUCGCCGCACUACACAACUGAGAUCUACGCCCAGGAUCAGGUGGACAUCUCCACUCAGGGCUGGUUCAUUGGGAUCAUGUGCGCUGUCGCCCUCAUCGUGCUCAUGCUCCUUAUAGUGUGUUUCAUUAAGAGAAGCCGAGGGGGGAAAUACCCAGUACGGGAAAAGAAAGACAUUUCAUUAGAACAUAUGGAUGACAUAGAUCAAGAGGGUUCCUUUGACUAUCGUUCUCUUGAAAGGAUAACACACGUCACAACUUUGCCCUACCCGCGGUGGGAGGAGGAAAGGGGGCUUCAGAGAGGUCCACCUUCUAAGGAAGCUGUGAUAAGAAGGUCAGAGAGCGACGACAGUCUGGUGGACUACGGAGAUGGCGGGGACAUACCGUUCAACGAGGACGGUUCGUUCAUCGGCCAGUACACAGCGCAAAGGAGAGACGUGAGGGACUUGGACUUUGGCGGGAGUCUGGAGCUUCAUUCUCCAAUGAAUGCCAUCUACUCCCUGGCUUGAAACUCUUUCUGAAAGGGAACCUGCAUGUGGACUGCCAGGACCAGCAGGAGUAUGAGAUGGCCUCAAAGCAGCUUUGAUGGUGGGAUAGCAGGGAAAACACUCAAUUUCCUGUUUGUCACAUCAAAAUAUCAUGUGCAUAAUCAUGAGUAGACAUGCAAUUACAUAUACAUUUGCAUGUCAAGUGAAAACCUGCAAUGGAAAGUGAUUCACUUUAUCAUGUUGAUUUUUAAAAAAUGCAAGAUAAAAACAUUCCAUCAUACGUUGGUUUCUUUUCGGUCAGCAUCAAUAGUGAACUCUUCUUAAACCUUUCAAUGUCAUAAACCAUAAUUUAGCACCUGCUCAUCUCAAGAUAUUCCCAAUGACUAAUGAUUAAUUCCUGUCAUCCAGUUUGCCGCCAGGCCUGAUAGGAAGCAAGGUGGUGUCAUAAAUGUAACUUAUUGUAACCUUUCACUCACACGAGAGAAAUGACUAAUGUUGAUUGUUGGAAGCUUUUUUCCACAUUGUGCCCGCUGUAUAUUGCACUCAAUACUGUAUUGUAAAUAAAGUGUAAAAUGUUACUUU